UCACUGAAGGAACUGUAACAGAAGAGGGAGAGGACCCUGCCGACCCUGGGUACGUUGGGGGAUGGGGACCGAGACAAGAAAAGCUACGGAGGUUUUCACCGACCUGGUUGGAGUCUUGAGGGUUGGGGUCCUGGGGCUGGAGGGUCUUGAGUGCCCUAUGAGUUUGGGGGCCAUUGGGAUCCCCCAAACAGGGAAUCUGAGGGGUCAGUUGCAGAGGAGAAUGGGGGUAUGGUAGCUGAAGGGCUGGGAGAUUUGGGGGUGUUUGUGGGGAUGUAAAGGCGAGAUCCUCAGUGCGCAGGGGUCUCUGGGCCGUGUGGUCGUCCCUGCGCCUGGGGGCGGGGCCAGGUUCUCCCGGAGGGCGGGGCGGGGUCGCUGGCGCGAGCGCCGCUCCCUGCGCAGCCUCCGCCCCCCGCGGCGGCCCCGCCCCCGUCGCCAUGGGAACAGCCGCGGCGGCCCGGCUCGCGCGCUGCUCGCCUGCCUCGGUCUCCGCCGCUCCAGGGGCGGGUGGGGUGGGCAGAGCCCGGGCCGCCGCCGCCGCCGCGGCCGCCGGGGAGAGGCCAGGAGCGGAGCGGUUGCGGGCCUCGGAAGACAGCGCGGCUGCUGGGCGCUUGGUCCCGGUCCCGGUCCCGGUCGAGGCCAGGGGCGCGCGGCGAUGUGAGCCAUGAGUGCGACGUGGACGCUAUCCCCCGAGCCGCUGCCGCCGUCGACGGGGCCCCCGGCGGGCGCGGGCCUGGACGCGGAGCAGCGCACCGUGUUCGCCUUCGUGCUGUGCCUGCUCGUGGUGCUCGUGCUGCUGAUGGUGCGCUGCGUGCGUAUCCUGCUCGACCCCUACAGCCGCAUGCCCGCCUCGUCCUGGACCGACCACAAGGAGGCGCUCGAGCGCGGGCAGUUCGACUACGCGCUGGUCUGAGCGGAGUGGCGCCCCCGGCCGGCCCUCCGCGGGGACUCUCUCCCCGGGCGGGUCCAACGCGGCGCCGCCAGGCCUGGACCCCGCUCAGGAUCCUGCCCCCCGAGCCCGCAGCCCGAGGGGAGAGGGCGUUCGGAGAAGCCCCACCCCUCCCCGCUCAGACCCCUUGCAUCUUCCCUCCCGGCCAGGCCGGAGCCCCACUUCGUGCCUUUAUCCCGCCCUGUCCUCUCUCCAUAACUCACCGGCCUGGCUGGCCCCCGACUCUAAAGCCCGGGUGGGAAGAGGUCUCCCGCUGCUCCGCCCCCAGCGUGUAGGUGGCUCUGCUCUUGUCCUGCCGCCGAGCAUGAGUGUCACGUCCGCUCCUGGAUUCUGGGACCCCCGUGUCCUUUUCCCUCCCUCCCCUGCCUUCCGGCCACCCUCACUCCCCUGCUGCCCGCCCCCCGUAAGUGUUGAGCCCCUCCUCGGGCUCCGGCCCUGCGGGGCAGGCUCUCCUGGGCCCACGGGGUGGACGCUGCAUACCAAUAUGCCCUGCGCGGCCUGCCCCGGAGACAGAGCCUGAAGAGCGACAAUGGCUGCUGUCCAGGAUGCGUGGCUCAUUCCAUGGGGAGAGAGCGCAGACAGGCUCCCUCCCGCCCCCAGCCCAGGCCCCAGUUCAGGUCAGCGCGCCCCUCCCUCCCUCACCACCUCUGGCCCUCCUGCCACCUCCCCCAUCCCUCCUGCCACCACCCCCUCCCCAGGCCCUCCCCUUGCUUUGUCACUCCUCCCUGCCUCUGAGCCCAUGGUGUAAAUAAAAGCUAUUAUUGAGCGCUUA